AUGGAAAACGUCAUGGCACUACAUGGAGGUGAAAGGUGUCUUAAUGUUUCAACCAUUCUCAUUGACAGGCGCUAGUGUUAGUUUUCGGGCAGAAGACUUGAUGUUCGUCGCUGACGCUGCAAAAAAAGCCAAUGUCGUAGAAGCUGUAGAGGUAGUCAUCAAGAACCUCCUAAAUAUUUAAAACUUUCAGGUUCUCGAGUUGUGCGAAAUUUUCAACUGUGGUUUUGGAUCAAGCCUGACGAUGAACGCGAACGUUGAGUGCGAAGCGUCGUUCAUGACUUCACAGGACCUCAAGUUUUCGUUUAUCAGGGUUGGACGUCUAAAAAAAAUUUUUGAAGGUUCGGAGCAGUAGGAGCGGUUUCGCGUAUCAAAACUCCUGCGAGAGUCGCCAGGUUGUUGGCGUUGGACGACUGGUGGAAUUCAAGAAAAUUGCUUCAUCCUCUCGUUCUUGUCGGGAGAGGAGCAGAGUGUUGGGCUUUAAAAAAAGGUAUCAUCCUUUUUCCUUUUUUUGGAAAUUUUCAACGCUAAAACUUUUCCAUGGUCCAGAAAAUGUUAUUAUUUCAGUAGUGAUACAUCAUGUAAGGUUUGAAAAAUUUCGUUACUUUCUAAGUUUUUGUCGAUAUCAGCCAAGACUUGCUAGCUCAUGACUCCCAACGAAAAAAUUAAUCAUAGUGGAUGCUCAAAUGUGUUUAGAGGUCGAACUCGUGUCGCCAGAAGAUCUGGUCUCGAGUCGUUCUUUUGAGCAACACCUCAAAGCCGUUUCACGGCUUGAACAAGAAGAUGUCGUUGAGGCUGCAGCUUUGGACACUGUCGGCGCGAUAUCCAUCGAUAUGAAGGUUUUCGGCUUCAUAUUUGAGUAAUAAGAAGGGUUUAGAAUUUUACGUCUGAGUCGUGUACUUCUAGCGGCGGGGUGAUUCUGAAAAACCCCGGUCGAAUAGGACACAGUUGCAGUUUUGGAAGUGGAAGCUGGGCGGAGAGCAGAAUCGAGGAAGACCCAGAAGGCGUCCGUCGGAAGGCCAUCGCUAUUUCUUCGACUGGUCAUGGUGAAGCUCUCAUCAGAGCCGACUUCUGCCGAAGUCUGGCGAGAAAAAUUCUGUAAGACAUCCAAUUUGAAGUUUCAGAUGGCAGAGUAUUUAAAAUGCAACUUAUAUUUAAAAAAAAUUUUUUUUCGAACCAUCACGUGAAAAAAAUUAUAUACAAGGAAACUUAUAGACAUUUUUUUGGAAUCAUGAAUAAUAUUUCACUGAUUAAAUUCUAUCUUUUUUUACCUGCGGCUCUCAGAAAUAUCAUUCAGAGGUUGCGGCUCCUGCACUUCUAUUGAAACUUUGAAAGAAUUUCUGAGUUCUGUUUUCCCUUGUUCAAGGUAAAAUGGGUUUUUCUACUUGAAUAAGAGAACGAUUUUUAGCACUUAUUUCGGGGGAAUCGUGCUCCUCGCUGAAGACUUGAACGAGUCAACAGUAACCGAGCUGAUAGUUUUCCAUAAUACUCCAUUUCUGCCUGUCGCAUUUCGAGACCGACGAGGCAAAGUUAAGAAACUUCUAUCGAAACAUUCGGGCGAUUCACCGUUCACGAUUUUUUCUUAUUUUUUGUAAUGAAAACAUUUCAAGUUUUUCUAGUUUUUUUUUGUUUAUUUUUCUUGUGGUUCUUCUCCCAUACUUGAAGUUUUAGAUUUUUAUCGAAUCGUUAGUUGUUCUAGAAAAUGAGAUCGAAAAGAAUAGAGAACAAAGAUAACGAUGUCGUCAUGGAAAACGACGACAUUGUGUCUGAAAGCAGCGGGGAAGAAAAUGAAGACGAUUUCGUACAAACAACGUGAGUCUUUUUUUUUCAUAAUUAUUUUCCAAGAGUUGUUUUCUUUUUCUCCUGAAGUUAUCAUUUCUAUAUCGUAUAAGAUGCUAAGUUUUCUUUUAUUUCUUAUUUUUGCAGAGACCACAUUGUAAAAUGACUUUCAAAAUGUCAACAAGAAUAUCUUGCAAAUCAGCACGAACAGUAAUGUACUUUACACGAAAUCGUAUGAAUUCGUCAAAAUAUCUUUGCUUUUGGUUUUGCUAUAUGAGUUUGACAGUCCACACUUCUGCUUGAAUCUAGAAGUUUUUUGAUAAUUGUAAUAUUGAACUACAGAAGUGUGUCUAUCACGGAAAUGCUGUCAGAAGUGGACGGAACAAUCGAUCACGACAAAAUCCGAAAUGACAUCUACGGUUAAUUUUUUUUUGUUUUUCGCAACCCAUCAAUUUUUCAGAGUUCGGAGAUCGAGCCGACGCCGGCGAUUGGUUGGCCAUCGAACAGUAUUUCCCCUCUCUUGCGUCCAUAACCAGGUUUCCACAAAUGGAACUUUUUUAUACGAGGUUUUUUAGUAUGGUUUCUACAUUCGAUGAUUGGUCUGUACGUUUUCGUCUGGCCAGUUUCCUGAACUCAUGUGAGAUCUCGACUUUUCUCAGUUCUCUACUUUUUGACUUUAAGGUGUUUUACCUCUAAAAGACAGGAUUCUGGAUCAUGCAAGCAACGCGAUCGAAAUGCGCAAUAAUGAGGUUUACACUAGGGUUAAAUCACUCUGAAGAAACUUUUUUGAGGCAGUUGCCCCUGAAAGCAGAGAGUUGGUGAAGGGUUUUUCGAUGUUCGUUAUCAUCGUGCAGCGACUAGUUGUGCAGCUCCAGCUGGAGGUCACCAAAAGGCGAGAAAUUUCUGGCUGCACUGAACAAAGCGGGUGUUCAGACAACAAGCUGCAGAUCAAAUCCGUCGAGGAAAGAAGGAUUUGGACGACGAGUCCGUCAAUUGGAAGAGGUACCAACGCGAUUCUGUAUGUUUCCUUUCGGCGAAAAAUCUUUUCAAAUCUCCUUUUUGAAGCUAAUUUCUUGCCUGUGUGACUUUCUGCAGCUGUCGGCAGAGGUAGAUAGGAAAGAAUACAAAAACUGCAUGAAAUAUAUCUGGUCACCUCCUAUCGUCGACGACGAACUUCUGAAGUCCAUUUUUUUCUGUUGAUUAAAAGGAAGAAGAAGUUAAAGGAUUUUCUGCAACACGGUUCUUGGGUUGAUGGAAGACCCCGAGUGCAAUAAGCAGGCGUCUCAGCCUUGGCUCCGCAGUGUUUUUCAGAUCGCUAAGAUCCUCGCCGUCGAGUACAACAUGGCUGAGCGUUAGUCUGUUCCUCCACUGCUCUUAUCCUUCGAGAACGUUACAGAAGUAGCGAAAGGCAUCCUCGAAAAGUCUCUCAACGCCGACUACCUUCGGGACGUGACUUCUUACCCGUUCAUUGAUAUUCUCGUUCGUCUAGGAUACAACUCAGAGUCGAGUAAGUCUAUCAUUAAGAUCAAAGCAAAAGUUCGCAAUGUCAUCUUUUUCUUCACAAGCACUAAUGUUUUUUUUUACAUCUUAUAUGUUGAAAAGGAUUUGGCAGUGCUGAUUUUCUCGUAUCAGGACUGAGCGAGGUCAGUAUGAUUGCAUAUUUCGACUAAUAUCGGCUCCAAAGUAGUUUUUCAGGAUGUCUACGUCCAUUGAUUGAUAAACUAAUUGUCAUAACGUGUAAUGUCUGUCAAAAGAGCGCCAAUGUGUCUCGUCCAGCAUGUCUUCUUAUUCAGGUUUGAUCUUUUUUUUUUUUUCCUUCUGUUAGCUUUUUCGUCGUUUAAAGUCAUUGGGAGAACACGUUCCUGACUUGGUGCUUUCUCAGCUCAACUUUUUCUUCAAACUCCUAGAACACGACGUAAGGAAAAGUGAUGAAGAGUUCUAAUCUCGUUGAUCUUUUUGAGAAUCCUCCCGUGCGGUCUUCUGUUUUAGUAGCUUUGAGCGACUUACUGAGGUGUGACUACUUGAAUGAUGAAAACUGCAGGGUUUUCGAGCGCCGCAGGAUCAUCAAACUGAUGAUUUUCGGGAAUAUUGAGGUUUUCGGACGGUUUUCAACUUUGCUCGAAAUUUCAACUUCUCUUUCAGAGUCAUUUGAAAGAUCACAACGCUCAGACUCGCGCCAAAGUCAUGCACAUUAUGGAGAAACUCGCCCAACAAAAGAAAAUUCCGUACGAUUCUCUCUGUUCUGGCCUCAUAACUGAAAUUGGUAUUUUCACAUCAUUUUUUUUCGUUAAUUAAUUUAGGUAAACGAAUUUGUGACAAAUCGGUCUUGGUGCGCAAAAACGCAAUGCAGUUCCUGUCCACUUUUCUGGCCAACAAUCCGUUUGGCCACGAUGUCAUUUUUCUCUCUUUUCUCGAGCUGACUUCCAUGUUUUCAGUUCGAUCACGUCGUUCACAUGAUCAAGUUGAAGCAGCUCUUGGUCGAAAAAUCACAACUUAAAAAUCCUGGUGAAACCCUCGUUUUUCUCAGUGAAUGUUCGGUUAUCUUUUCAGAACAUGCAGCAACUUCAAAAUUCGAGAAGAAAUGGACCUUACUUGAGCCUUCUAUACGGACUCAUCUAGACACACUUUUAAAAGCUCACAUCGAAAAUCCUGUUGAGUACAAUACCGAGAACCCUACUGAGUCAGAUUUCUCUGUUCAUUUUCGCUGGAAAACUCCUUUUUAGACUCAUGCAGGCUUUACUGCAAACGAUGGGCGACCAUGUGCGGGAUUCGGUUCAGCUUUACUUUCAACUGGCCCAACAGCUGAAAAUUUUCCAAUUGUUUGUUGAAAUACCUCCUCAUUCCGGUUCGUCAAAAAUAAUCUUUAGAAACGCCGAUGACGACCGAGAAUCGCAACUUGCAAAAAACCAUAGGAAAUUGUUUGACGAUCUUCACACAAAAUACGUCGCGUAUCAUGUAUUUCAUAGUUUCAAUUUAUUGAAAAAAAUAUUCAAAUACAGAUGAUGGAACAUGUGAAAAACAAUGAGAUGAUGUUACAAGACGAACAGAAAAAGCUGGAUUAUGAAGCGAAAGAAACCGAGAAGAAACUGCAAAUCAGUCGGCUGAAGGUAACUCGAAGGAAAAAUGAACGUCUUCUGAAUUUUCUUAUAGGAUAAAAUCUGCAUCGAAACAGAACUUUCUCAGUGCAUAAAACAUGCUCUGCGAGGAGUCCACGUAGGCGAGCUGAACGAGAUGCGCGAGUGUAUCAAGUUCUUGGCGCAGUGCAAGCAGUUCACGAUAAGGCUCCUUCUUUCAUUCAUUCUCUCAUUAUUUUAUCAAAACCAAAAAAAAAAUCUUUUUUUUUUUUAAAUUUUCUUCAAUUAAAAAUCAAUAAAAGCGUCCCGAUUUCAAGUCUCCAGCCUUUUUCCCUCUGGUUUUGAAUUUCGAGAAAUUUCGAUUGUGCCCUUAUUUUGACAGCGGUUAAUUUCGGAUGAAAUCAGUAACAUAUGACUGAAAAUAAGUAGAAUCCAUUUGAUUUUCUUUUUUUUUUCAAAUUUUAUGUGACUAGUGAGAGUUAAAAAAACUGAGACUACAAAAUUAGCGAUUGAUUGUUCAGGGGAGCCGAUGCGGCUAUUCGGAAAAUGUGCUCGCUGAUUUGGAGGAGCUCGGAAGAAGUGAGGAAAGAGCUUCUUGACGCGACUUCGGAGAUGUUCAGGAGCAAGAAUCCGUAUGUUUGUUUUCCCUGAGUUAGCUUAUUACUAGAAAUUGAAGAGUUUGUUUUUUUUCCUUUCUUUUUCCAGGAUUACGAAGACAAAUGACAAUGCGACGGUUCACAAUUUGAUGAACGUUAUGAUUGACAUUUCAGAGGUUUUUGUUGAUUUAUUCUUGAAUUGAGUUCAAGUUCAGGAGGAGCGUAUUUCUGUAGAAGAAGUGAUUUUUAUGAUGGCUUCACAGAAACCGUUCUCCAAUGGCGUUCACAACAAACUUUGGAUGGUUGGGUUCUAUUUUUUCUUUUCGGAUUUCCCGCUAUUUUCCAGCAUGCGCAGGCAGAAAAGUUCCCCAAACAACGGAUCGUCGCCUUGCGAAUUCUGCACGCUUUCGCUCGAGCUGGGUAAAAAAGAUAACUUUGAUUCUUCCAGUAAAAACCAUUUCUACAGGAAUAGUGCGGAAACGUCCUCUCCGAUAAAGCUGCGCACUUUGCAGAAACUCUUGAGUGGGCCUUCGGACGUCGCUUUGGAAGCUUUGAGAGUUAUUUCGGCUCUCUCUUCUUCUUCCGUGGUCCGAUAUUCAAACUAUUCAUUACACGUUAAUUUCUGUCCCUCUUAGUUCGAUUUUUAUAAAGUUUCAUGCCAUAUUUGCAGAACUCAGAGCCUCUUCUAUAGGAAAAAAGCAUCUUUUUGGUUUGCAAAUGUAGGAAUGAAUUCUACAUCAAAUAUCUUCUCCAAUUUGCUUUCUGUAGCUUUUCCCGCUAAAAUGGGAUGAAUACAGAAAAAAUUGAGGCUUGCAACGUUUUCAAUCGGGAAAUCAAUUUUUUUUUUUGCAUAGAUCCGAACUUGUGACAGUACGAAUUUUUUCAGGUGACGAAUUCUUCUGAGGGAGAACCCGUACAGCCGAUUUUAAGGAUUCUCAACGAAGAUUCGCUUUUUAGAUCCAUAAAGAGGCUUUUUUUCCGAGGUGAUCGCUUCGAGUUGAAAAAAUAAUUCAGUUUUUCAGAAAUUCUUCGCAGCAACGACAAUACCAAAUGGUUUCUGAUAGUUCAGUCGACUAUUCACAUCAUCAUGAAUUUGGCCAAGAGCGUCGAUCAAAUGCUUCCUGACUUCACAGCAACAGUGGGUUCUUUUGUGUUCGAUUCAAAAGAAAUAAUUGAAAUAAUAAAAUCUUCCCUUUUAGAAAUAUUUUUCUUUUUAUAAGUUCCUUUUUAUAAGACUCGAUAGCGAGAAUUUGUUUAGUUGCUCUAUCGAGUAAAGCGAGCCGCUGAGUUCCACAUGUUUUAUGACGAAAUGGCGAAGAAAGGCUCCCCGUUGCAGAAAGAAGUUGCUCUACAGAGAAGGUUUGUUUGAGAAACAUUUGUUCGAUUUAGCCUAAUACUUUUUGAGAGAUUACUGGGCGGUUAACUGGACCAGAAUAACUGAGAGAACGAUUGCAUUUAUUGGAGAGGUAAGAGAUUUCCUCUCAAAGAUCGUUUCCAGCUCGGAAUGAGAAUGUUUCCAGCUCGGCUCUCGCAUCAUUAUGUAUCUUCAUGAGGUGUUCCCUCAAAUCUACAAACAAUACGACGCUUUGAUGAGAACUGCCUCCGAGGUAAAACUUCUUCUUAGUAUAUGUAUACGUCACUUGAGUACGAUUCUCUUACGUCUCGAACCGUCUUCUAUCCAAAUGAACUUUGUGGGAAGUUCAGAACGAAAUGAAACUCGCCGAGGAGCCUGCUCGACUCGUCUCAAACCUCGAACUCAUGAUGACUCGCAAAAAGAGCAUGUUCAAGCAUUCGACUGUCGAUAAGUCAGGUAUAAAAUUAAAAGCUUAACUUCAUUUACUAAUAUAAGGAAACAACUUAGGAAAAAUGCAAGUUUCACAAAUUAGCGAGCAUAAAUUUCCUUCAAAAAUAACGAACUAAACGUGUUUAACUGUAAAAGGUUACUUUUUUCACAACCUUCUUAAUGAAUGCAAUCGUUCUCUCAGUUAUUCUGGUCCACCUAACUUCCCAAUAUUCUCUCAAAAAGUACUUCGUUGAUAUUAAAUUAAUUUUUUUAAACAAACCUUCUCUGUAGAGCAACUUCUUUUCGGAAAGCUCCGUGAAGGUCUAACCAGUAAGUUGGUAAGUCGAGCUUUCAUCGCUACCUUUUCAAAUUCAUUUCUUAAAAAUACGUGUUUUUCAAAGUUAAACAAAUUUUUUUCAGUAGGCCUGAGUUUUUUUAUCUUGUAAGCGCAAUCUUUAAAAAGUUAUAUUUUCAAGUAUUAAAAAAAUUAGCUCACAUGGGAGAUCAUUUUAGCGUAGGGUUCAGAAUUUUUUUUCUAAAUUUGCUCAAACAAUCUUUGAUGGACUGGGAAUCGAUCCCCCAUAGUCGCUAUCUGCACAAACUUUUUGUUUUUGAAGAUAUGAUUUUUUUCAAAAGAUUUUAUCCUUAACCAUGUGACGCCGUUUGGAAGGAAUGUGGCCGCGCCACCAACCACUGCAUGGCAGCUAGGAGCGUGGUGCAGUGGUUAGCGUGUUAGCCUGCGGAGCCUAUUAUGAAGGUUCAAAUCCUUUUUGCCGCUAACUUUUUGCCAUUAUUUUUUUAAAGAAUUCUGAUGAGAAUAUUAAAAAUUUCAUGAGUAAAACCUUUCCAAAUAAGUUCGAUAGCUAUUUUCUUUCUAAAAAUCGCUUUUUUUAUGGACAAUAGUUAUGGAAACUUUCUGAAGUUGUGGCGGACUUCAUCAGAGACUAUUUUUUUGAAAAAUCAGCGAAAAAAAUGUUUCAGAAAAAGCGCUGAACCUUCAUCGAAGAUCUUCGCAUGUAUUGGUUGUGAUAAAUAACAGUGGCUUUUUCAAUAUUUCAAUAGCCAAUUUCUGUCUUACGUCUGAAGAAACAUCUUUACAGAAUAUGAAAAACUUACCUGUCAUCCGAGUUUUAUUGAUUUCCAAACCCUAUUUCCAUCCUAAUCCAGAUUUUUCAAAUUUUCGGGAAUCUAAUGUCGUGUUCAAAGUAAUUUCCGCGAAAUGCAAAAUGAUCUCUGACUCUCCAAAAAUUUAGUGAUCUUUUUCCUUUCUCUAACGGGUAUUUUGCAUUUCGCGGAAAUUACUUUGAACACGGCAUAAAAAUCUUUUGAGCAAAAAUGUUUUUUUGGGAAAAAAAUUCUCUGAUGAUGUGAAGUCCGCCACAACUUCAGAAAGUUUCCAUAACUAUUGUCCAUAAAAAAAGCGAUUUUAGAAAGAAAAAUAGCUAUCGAACUUAUUUGGAAAGGUUUUACUCAUGAAAAUUUAAUAUUCUCAUCAGAACUCUUAAAAAAAAAUAAUGGCAAAAAAAGUUAGCGGCAAAAGGAUUUGAACCUUCAUAAUAGGCUUCGCCGGCUAACACGCUAACCACUGCACCACGCUCCUAGCUGCCAUGCAGUGUUUGGUGGCGCGGCCACAUUCCUUCCAAACGGCGUCACAUGGUUAAGGAUAAAAACUUUGAAAAAUCAUAUCACCAAAACAAAAAGUUUGUGCAGGUUGCGACUAUGGGGGAUCGAUUUCCAGUAUAUCAAAGAUUGUUUGAGCAAAUUUAUAAAAAAUUCUGAACCCUACGCAAAAAUGACCUCCCAUGUCAGCUUGCGACUAUGUCAAUAAAUUUUCACUAAAUUCUCCAGAAAGUUUUGAGCAAAGAAGUAUAUAGUUCUAAAAACUUCAUACUGAAAUGAACUCCCUUGGGAAAAAUGAUUAAUUUUCUUCAUUUUUUUGAAUAAUUCGGUUUUUUUUUUAUAGAUAUUUCAGGGUGAAUUUUCAAUGAAAGUUUAAUUCAGGCGAAGCAGAUGACGUCUUAAGAAGCGUCACAAAUUCGCUCCUUGAACAGAGGCUAUUACGAGAUGGAAGACUUUUGGGACGGAUCUUCCCGCUGAUCAACUAUGGACUUCUGGCGAAAAGCUCCCCGAGUCGCAUUCGUCAUGCAGCUGCACUAGCCUACGGGAAGUUCAUAUCUCUGAGGUUUUUCGACUCGCUGCGAAUUCGGACAACUUGGCGAGUUGCAGCUCUCAUGUGGCAGAAAGAGGGGCUCCUGUACUCUACACGAUGGUCUCUCGCUCGCCUUCGGAGGUCGUCCGAGCUUCUCUGCUUGCUGCGUGCGCAGAUCUCGCCAGUCUCAUCCCCAACACUUCCGAUCUCUACGUCACUAACCUCUACAAAAUGUUCUUUUUUUCUGAUUGAAAAUUACAAAGUCAUACAAGGGUUUUCUAUUUGGGAUCGCUGUUUUAUAAAAAAGCAAAUCGUAGCAAAACCGGAAAAAUAAACAAAGACCAUUCGGAGGUGUUGUGAAUUGACUUGACAGUAUUUUGAGAUAAACUUCAGAUUUCAAGCUGCUCUUCGUUCUAAUGUGUAGACACGUUCACGAAAAUGACUCUAAAUUCGGAAGUCGCGAUACAAUUUCGUAAGAAAUGAUUAUUUUCAAAGUUCAUGGAAAAGUUCCUCAAACAGAAAAGUGCAAGUUUUGACUCGAUUUAUCCUUCUUUUUAUGUUUUCACGACUUUUCUGUGACCAAUCUUUCUGUCUUCAGGUGCCGCGACAGUCAUCCGGCUGUGCGAGAAAGCGCCCUGUUAGUGCUUUCAUACGUUGUCACUAACGGAAUGACUCAAGUAUCGAAGUCCAACCUCCAUGAGAAAAAUCGGAUUUCAGCCUCGAGGAACCCUGAGUGAGGCGGCGAGGUGUCUGUGCGACAGUGUUCCCACAGUCAAUCAGAUCGCGCGAGGCUUUUUCUCCGACUACAGCAAACUCGAGGAGCACGUCCGUUUCUUUUUUUGUUUUGAGAAAGUUAUGAAUUUCAUGCGACUAAGAAAUUACUACUGUUGAUUUUUCGAUUAUAGAAGUUCACAGCCGUGAGUUCGGGUUGAAGAGAAGAUCUGGAGAAUUCAGAUUGAAUAAAAUUCAGCUUUUUAGAGACCUUUUUAGAGGGUUUUUAGAAUAAAAUUUAGCUUUUUAGGAGGCUUCAAUAUGAAGUCUAAGGUUUGUAUAAUCUGACAAUUUCUAUUUGUUUUUCCCCGUUUAGAACAAGUUUGUAAGCUACCACGCUCAUAUGAAAAAGGAAAGAUGAAAACAAGUUGUCUUCAUUUCUUUAAUAACAUUCUUAGAAUCACGGGCUUAUCGAUUUGCUGCCUGGAUUUGUUACCAGAUUGUCUACCGGUCCUGAAAAACUUCCGUUCCACCAGUUCCAAGAAGUCUUCGAGUAAAAAAAUUUGAAGCCGUUUUAAUUUUGAUUGUUCAAAUUUAGUUUUAUUGGAUCUUUGGUGAAAGACAAGAAAGCGGCUAUUCUUGACCGUCUGGUGACACUUAUUUGUCAAAAGUUCCCAUCACUGGAGUACGUUCUGAUUUUUUUUAAAUGUAAAAACAGUUUUACCUUUCAAGUUCCAUGUCGAAGUCGUCUUCGGAUAGUGCGAAAUACAUCUCAUACAGUUUGUCCAAGUUUCCGCUGUCCGAGAAAAGUUUCAACACUGUGAGUUUGAAUAUAAACGAGUUUUUUGGACACAUUCUGACUUCAGCUCAAGGAUAGCGUCCGAGUUUUUGCACCGUUCCUCCCUAUUCCAGAAGUUUACAACCACCUGAUGGAUAUUGUUAGUCAAUAUUCAAAGUCGACGAAAAAUGCGGAGACAAAGGUUUUUUGCUCUAGAAAUCUUUGGCAAUUUUUCGAUGUAGGGAAAAGCCGAAGCAUUGGCCCGCCAGCUCGAAAGCAUUAAAAAGGAAGGCUACACCAAAGAUAUUCUCCAAUCUCCGACACAUACGCCCAAGGCAAGAACUUUCCUUUGAUUCCUGUUAAUGAUUUUUUUUUUCAGGCGAGGCCGCAGAAGAAACGAGCGGCUCCGAAAAGACAGCGCAUCAGUGACGAUCUUUCUGAUGAUGACUUCUGAUCUGGAUUUUGUUUUUGUCUUUACAUAUUUUCGCUCAAGUAUUUUCAUACCUGUUUACAUACUUCAUUUCUUUUUUUUUCCCCGAGAUUCACGUUUUGAUCUCUUUUCAACGUGUUCAUUAUCAUAAUGAAUCAUUUUCAUAAUAUGUUGAAAGGUUUGUUAAUGUAUUGAGUUCUAUGGAAGACAGUUUCGUUUUUUUCAGUGAGAGUUAAUCAAUUUCUUCCCAGAUUUUUUGCGCAAUCAAGUGGGAUCAAGGGAACAGAAGAUCAGAUCAGGGUUUCUGUUGUCCUUCCGUCUUGUAUAGAUCACUGAAAUGUAGUUCUCUAGGCUGAUGAUCCCUGCUGUGAUCCAGCGAAUCCAUUGGAACUUCCGUUCAGUGAAAUAUCUGUCGCUCAGUACCGUAUUCAGGUCUGCUGACUGCGAAAAACUUGAGAAAUGAUCGAACCGCAGAGCGGGAUCGUGAAAACCAACUGCCGUAGAUCGCGUCUACUUUCCGGUCUUUUCGAUAUGGACCUCUAUCUGAAGAUGGAGGUCAACCAGGCAAUCGAAAACCUCGUUAUCCAUUUCAAUAAACUCUUUCAGGACACCGGCAGCUUCAAGGAACGAGGAGCUCGUUAUGCUCUAAUGCGACUCGACGAUGCGGAGAAAAAAAACGGGGUUUGUCAGUCAAUUUUCAAGAAAGCAGAUUCAUAUACAGAAAUUAGUAUUAAAUAA